AAACUGAUGACACUCAUUUAAAUCUGUGCUUUUUGGCUUCCAUUUUACGGAAGGAUCUCUAGCAACAUCUAGUGGUUACAUUUCCCAACUCACCAUUCCUACCGCUGCAUAGACCUGUAGUUUUAAAGGUCAGUGUCAAUAGAAGACGAUGACGUCAAUAGAAGACGAUGACGUCAAAACCAGCACAGGGUUGAAGGACAACAUCCAACGAGAACAAAGAUUUGAACUAUAAUCCUUUAAAAAUGUACAGAAAUACCUUGACGGAUCCUGGUGACUGACAGCGUGGGUAAAGUUAUCGCUGUACUGUCUUCAACUUUAACUCAAUUUCCCAGGAUCCAGCGCUUGCGACGAAAACAGUGACGUAAUUUUUAGUCGACAGCCAAACGUCUAAACUGAACCAACAUGCUAAGACCGGAGUCACGACCGCAGGUGUUUUAUUUUUAUGGUUAAUAGUUAUCAGGUUCAGUUACUGUGACGUCAUUUAAAACUUUGUUUACCGUGUUACCUUGUUUGUGAAGCGGGCGCUGUUGCUGCUGAAGAACGUAGGUCUUAGUUCAACAUGACCGUCCCGGCUCUGCACAACACUGGAGUUCUUUACCGGAGGAUUCUCUCUCACUUCCCUCAGGACAUCACUUUAGCUUUUGCCUACGGAUCUGGUGUUUUCAAACAUCACGGGAGCAGCCAAGGACAAAUGGAGAAAAACAUGCUGGACUUUGUGUUUGCGGUGGAUGAUCCUGUGACCUGGCACACCAUGAAUCUGCUCCAGAACCGGAAACACUACUCCAUCCUCAAGCUGCUGGGUCCUAAGACGAUCAGCUCCAUACAGAGUGACCACGGGGCGGCAGUAUAUUAUAACACAUUGGUGCCUGUGGAUGGCAGGACUAUUAAAUAUGGUGUGAUCAGUACACAGUCGUUGAUGGAUGACCUCAUGCACUGGAACACUCUGUAUGUUGCAGGGCGUCUUCACAAACCAGUGAAAAUGCUUGUGCAGAGUGAGAAUGGAAGUUUGCGGGCAGCUUUAGUGUCCAACCUGAAAAGUGCCGUCACGGCCUCCUUCCUCAUGUUGCCAGAGAGCUUCACUGAAGAAGAGCUUUUCCUGCAGAUAGCUGGCCUCUCUUAUGCUGGGGAUUUUCGGAUGGUGUUUGGAGAAGACAGAUCCAAAGUGUCUAAUAUUGUCAGAGACAACAUGCAGCACUUUAAAACUCUGUACAGUAACAUCCUGCACGACUGCCCCCUGGUGGUCUACAAAUCACAGCAAGCAAAACUGGAGGUAAGACACAGUGAAGACACCAGCAGAACAAUGUACACCCGUAAUACUCAGGUGCUACAGUACACUACAGCACUACUACUACUACUACUACUACUAGGAUACUGCAAGAUAACAUUUUAUACACAUGUGAUUCAACAAAGAAGUGAUCAGGAACAUGAGGGCUGCGAGCCAGAUGUUGAGCCACAGCAAAAACAAAAAUGUCCACAAUCAGAGACGCCACCAGCAGUGAUGUCAUCACUUCCUGUCCACCUGAGCAGAGGAAGUGGUUGGUGUCCUGUCUACGUCCCCACUCCUCCAUGUGGACAGGACAAAGAGGAGGAUGAUGGAAGGGGGAGGUAG